CUAUUAAAAGAGGUGUGUUCUUAAUGCUGGAGUAUAAAUGCUUCUGCUGGAACAACUGCUUUGAGAAAUGCAGAAACUGUUGGAGUGAGUCUUUCAGCAAACAGACUGGGAUAAAACAAACUUUGGAUUCUUCUGGCCUUGGAAGGAAAGCUAGGAAUAAGCCUCUUCUCCCAAGAACUCAGCAUGAAUAGAAUUAUUGUGUACGACAAACCCAAUUUUGAAGGCCUCAGCAAAGAGUUCACCUCUGAUGUCCCUGACCUGCAUGAAUUGGAUUUUGGUGAUUGUAUCUCCUCCUUGAAGGUGAGAGGGCAGCCUUGGGUGGCCUACAAGCUCUCAAAGUUUGAAGAGGACGGCGUCAUUUUUGAGGAAGGGGAUUAUGCUGAGAUUGACAACAACAACAGGAUUUCAUCCCUACGACUAGUUCACCAGGAUCUCUCUGACCCUCAAAUUACACUGUAUGAAAAUCCCAACUAUGAAGGUCAAAGCAAGGUGGUGAAGGAGGAGACUAACCUCGCCUACGGUUACUUUAAUGACCGGGUCUCCUCCCAUGUGGUUCAGAGGGGUGUCUGGCUGCUCUAUAAAAAUCCAAACCGCGGGGGAUGGUAUCACAUCGCCUGGCCAGGGGAACGCAUUCAUGACUAUAAAUCUGAGAUCAACUUCGAUGAUAAUGUCUCUCACUUGCAACCUUUGAAACCGGGCCGUCCAAUCAUUACCGCCAAGUUGUUGUGGGAUCAAAAGAAAGUGGAAGCUGAGCAUGACGUUCUGAUCGAUGAGAUUGUGGGAACCAACUGCACCGAAUACGAACAAGCGUUUACCACCAACUCCACUCGAGAAUAUACUGCCACGGUGUUCCAGAGCUUCCACUUCAGCAACACCACUUGCCUAAAACUCGGCUUUUCUUUCCAGGUGACCUUGGGUUGUUCCAAUAUAUUCAUAGUGGAGAAAGGCAAAAGCGAGUCCACUACCACUACUGAGAAGGUAGAGGUCCUGCUGCCUGCCAAAAUCCCUCCAUGCACUGAACUUUCCAUACAGGUGAUCAAGAAGGAGACCACCACCUCAGUGCCAGUGGAGCUCACCAUCUGUCAGAAUGGCAAAGAAAAGAAGGAGAACGCUGAAUACCGCAGUGUUUCGGGCCGUACCAUCAGCACCAGAUAUACCAUGAAGCCUGUCCCAGCAGCAACAGGCACAUCCCAAGCUAAACCACAAGAAGUAUGACAGAGGAGGGACAAAAGCAACUAUGUCAACUCUUGCACAUGGAUAGAUCUAGGAGAACAUUUUCAAGCACGGCCUGGGCCGAGGAUGAGGAAGAGAACUUAAGUUAUUUCUGAUUAGGCUCCUUUCAGAUUAAUGUUCUUGUAGUUGCAGAUACUUUCAGACUGAGAAGGAAGAGAAAAACAAGAGCCUGCUUUUUCUAGAGGUGGUGAUGGUUUCUGAGUUUAAAUAAUUAGGUUACGGGAAUAUAAUGAGGUUUGGAGAUAACAGUUUAAUCCGGAUGGCAAUUUAUAUAGAAAAAACAUGAAUAUUUUCCUGAAGAUAUAUUAACUACCUGGAAAAUCAAGAACGGAUGUAAUAAUUUUUCCUCAAUUUGAACAGUUAAUACUAUUCUUAGUACUGAACAUCAUAAAACAGCAUAAUUAAAAGAUCUACAAGGUUAUCUGUAUUUCUUAGUUAAGGGGAGGAAGCAGUGGUUGGUUGGUUUUAUUUAUCUGAUGAAAUUGAAUUUUAAAGGAACGAACAGUUCUUUAUUAACUUACAUAAACCUCCAUUCAAAGACAUUUCUUUUUAUUUUACUGGUCCAGCUUUAUUUCUCAUUAAAGUUAUCCCUCUGA